CACGUUACAACCCGGAAGAAUUGCCUUUCUCUGAUUAACGUUUGAAUAGACAAGAAUGACCAAUUUAUCUUGGGAAGAAACGAUUAAACACGAUGCUGCAGACAUCGCACAGCCUUUGAAAGUCAUAUUUGUGUCUUAAUCUCUGGUGCUGGAGGUGGAGGCGGUCGACUGCGAGCAGCAACGCCCUGAUGCCCGCCACCCCGUCGGAGAAAAAUAUCCUCGCUCUGUUUACAAAUCGGCUGAGAGAAAUUGUUUCCCCGCAGUGUGUCGUUAGCUAAUCGUGCGGUUGUGCGUUUUUCAGACGAAGAAAACAUGGCUGAAUUGCAUGUUGUAGAACCGAGCGGUACUGGCACCAUAGAGCAGCCCGAGCACCGCGACGUCCGGGGCUCGGUGCGCUUAGCUUCGCCCACUCUCAUGGUUCCGCCGCGGAGCAGCCAGCUCAGUCCCGGCGGGGUGUCGAGCGGCAGCGGGGGGCGGUCGGUGUUCGGGUUCCCGGUGAAGAGCAACCCGAGCUCCCCGUCCGAACCGGCGGACAAACCGGGCUCCCGCUGGGUUCGUCUCAACGUCGGUGGGACCUACUUCAUCACGACCAAGCAGACGCUGUGCAGGGACCCAAAAUCUUUCCUGUUCCGGCUCUGCCAAGAGGACCCAGACCUGGACUCCGACAAAGACGAGACCGGAGCCUACCUGAUCGACAGGGACCCCACAUACUUCGGCCCCAUCCUGAACUACCUGAGGCACGGAAAGCUGAUCAUGGAUAAAAACCUGGCCGAGGAAGGUGUUUUGGAGGAAGCCGAGUUCUACAACAUCGCAUCACUGGUGAGGCUGGUCAAAGAGAGGAUACGGGACAACGAGAACCGGACGUCUCAGGGCCCCGUGAAGCAUGUGUAUCGAGUACUACAGUGCCAAGAGGAGGAGCUCACGCAGAUGGUCUCCACCAUGUCGGACGGUUGGAAGUUCGAGCAGCUCAUAAGUAUCGGCUCCUCUUAUAACUACGGCAACGAGGACCAGGCGGAGUUUCUAUGUGUAGUUUCCCGGGAACUCAACAACUCCACCAACGGCAUCGUCAUCGAGCCCACCGAGAAGGCCAAGAUCCUUCAGGAACGAGGCUCACGGAUGUGAGGAGACCCCGAUCCUGAGCGAAAUAACACUUCAUCGACAAAAACAAAACAAGAACUCCAGUUCUGUCAUCGAGAUCCAUGAGUUUACCCCCCCCCCCGCCACCUCCCUACCAUCACUCCCACCAUGGUCAUCAGCAUCCUCAUCAUCCGCCUUCCCUCCUCCUCUGGUGUGCCUUUCCACAGCGGGGGCUCCCCGACGCCCCCUCCUCCCCCCGUGCUGCAGCUCCACCCUGACUUGUCCCCUCAUCCUCCUCCUCCAUCGCAGGCUGUGGAACACUUCAGGGGGAGUUUAAAAGGGAAUACAAGAGCGCGGCUCUCCUCAUAGCAGCUUGUCGACGGUCAGUGUCACUGCAGGCUACGGUGCUGAUUGUAGCCCCUCAUUAGUGUCAGUGGAUGGACGCCGAGCACAGAGCUUCUACAGAUCAUCAUCAUCACCUUCAUCCUCAUCAUCGUCGCUGUUAAGACAGGAUACUUCUUCUUCUCUUGAACGUUUGGCUCUGUCGACUUCGCUGAAAUCUCCUCAGGACUCUCAAAGGACAUAAAGGAAUGAACACGACUCCACUGACUGAGCCUCUCUUUACCCGACGGAGCGAGCGCCGCCGCCCGCCGCCUCCGUCUCUGCACUCCCGGACUCCUCGGCCGACGUCUGAGGUGGGCCGCCGCAGCAGAGACCCGGCCGGGAGGCGGGGGACGAGAUGGAGCAGCAGGCAGCGUGACGCUCUGUUCGAGCCAGCAGGGUGCAGCGUUUCCUCCGCCCUCUCGAGUCGUCAGAAACACCUUAAACGAGCGCCAGACGCUCAUCUUACCGUCUCGGUUCGGCGUCCGACUCCUCCCAUUUCCUGUUUCUGGGCUCGAUCCGGUUUUUCCUCCCAGGGAGAAAAUUUGGGAUAUUUCCGCGCAAAAGAAAACAAAUGACUCAAAAAGACUGAACUACACCUGUGUACAAUUUGUCAAGGCAUGUGAGGAAUCUAUAUGAAUCUAUAUAGGCUACAUGAUGAAAUUAUAUGAAAAACUGAAUGCAAAUGGUGUAAUUAUUGAUUUGUGUAUCAUAGUUGUCAUAUAUUUACAUAUUCUGCUGGGUGAGUCUAUUUAAACGAUGGAGAAAAUAUCAGUUUUCCUGACGGUUUCCCGCCUGGAUGUGAGGAUGUGUGUGCAGUGCCUCUCUGCUUUCUGUCCAUGACUGAAAUAUCACCAGUUUUUCAGCUGCACGUUUUCUGUCGUGUUCCUCGGAGAACUCCGGAUCCUGUCGAUACGUUUUCUCUUAGAUAUCCUACUUUGAUCUCUCGCAUAUCUUAAAAUUGUAACUAGGGAUAGGGAAAACUUUGCCAUGUGUCCAGGCAAGCGUGGCGAGAUUGGACUGUGGCCAGUUUGUAUGCUGCCUCAAAACCCUCACGCACCCGCCCCCCCCCCCGGCCUUGUGCCACCCUCAUGCCAACAUUCACUCACUUUGCAGCUGCCUCCAUUGCCAGUCCUCAACUUCACGCCCUCGUGACCGCCUCGUCUUACAUUCUGCAGCACUUGUAGCAACUGUGGCGCGAGCUGAAUCGUACUCCUCACGCUUAAAGCCCUGAGAUAGCUGAGCCGACGCUAUCACAGAAGUGACACGCUGUACGUGAACCUGGGACGUGUCUUCAGAGGGAAGCCUUUAUGUUAUGUGACAGAUCGGUACCAGCUUGGCUAAAGUAUGUUUCUCUUGAAAUAUGCUCGACAUUAAGUUGCUGUGUGAUAGAGCUGCUUUACAACAUUAAAUACUAAACUAGUCCUCUGAACUGCUGCACACAUCUCUGAUUCUGCAGGGUAAAUAAAUGAUUAUCAGCCUGCAUAUUUAAGUGAUAUUCAGUGAAUUCAGUCACUUUUGUGCAAAUGAAACUAAAUUGGCUUCUACUUUAAAUGUGCAUUUACUAAAGUAGCUCGAGCUGAAACAAUGAGUCGAUGAACUGAUCAGUCAACAACAUCAACAGAGAAUUCACCUGCACCUUUAACAAACCUUUCUCUGUUCAUAUCAUUGCAUAUUUAAUAUUUUGGGGGUUUGGUUCAAACAACAGUUGAAGAUGUUUCCUCGAGCUCGGGGAAAAUGUGACAUUUUCACAUGUUUUCACACAUUUGAUAGACUAAACUGUUAAUGGAUCAAUUGAUAAUACAAGCAGCAGAUUAAUUGAUGAUAAAUAUCAUCAGUCAAAACCCCCAGCAGUCACCAAAAUAUAUUUUUCACCCAGCUGCAGCCUUGUUACAUGAGCAACUUAAUGCAAAGGUUGAGCCAUAUCAAACAUAUCAGAAGGAGAACUGAAACAUGUCGUCGUUGCCCAUCGUGCAGACUCAACCCACUUGUUGAUCGCUGGCCCCAGAAGCUCAGGGCCGUGCGAUCGCUAUCACUGGCAUUGAUCACUUUGAUACACCCGUCUUUGUACAAAGCAUAUUUGAUGCAGUUAUGUUAUAUCAAGCAUGAACAAAAAGAAUGCGUUUAACCAGAAAAAAGACCUGUACCUUUGCUGUUGUCAUGCUCCCUGAUCGUGUUCAGUCAGGCCUCAGAGCUCAAACUUUGAUGUUCUUCUUUGUUUAGUUUCUUCCCUCUCGACUGUGUGUUGUGCAGUUUUAUUCUGCUAAUCUGAGUCGUGAGCAGACUUCGUGCUGCUAAAAUCGCCCAAACGUCUCAACGAGGAGCUCUUUCUCUCUCUCCCUCGUUGUUUCUGGGCCUUUGCGAAGCACCUUGGGUGUCGUUUCCCCUCGUCUGUGUCCGGUGUUGUGCCUUUGACCUGUGUUGUGCACAGUUGUUCUCCCCUCUUAUCAUGAGGUGCUCUCAUACCUUAAAAAAGCCAGGAGGCACCUGCCUGAGGUAUAAUGUUUAAUGCGGUCUUUAGCUUGUUUUCUAUCGUUAGUGUUUCAGUGAGAGGCGAGCCAAACAAAUCCACCGUCCCCUGCGUUAUUUUAUGUUUUACGAUGCAUACCGACAAACUGAAAACGACAACCAGCUGCUUUCUUUGUGCCAUUGCUUUUGAGCUAAGUCCACCCACAACCCCUUACACACCUGGAGGGCCAAAACUGUCCGAAUCUGCUGUGAACAGUCGCGGUGGCUGGCGUUGUGUUCAAAGCACUACCAGUCGGGAGGGUCCAGGUCUAAGCGGGCCUCGAACUCCAGCAGUGCACUUGUUGUCGGAAAGCGAUUUGACGAUAAACUCGACGCCGUUGGGCUUCUUUUUUUCUUGAGUUGCAUGCUGAAGCCAUCUUUAACGAUUCCAUUUGUAGAUGUGUGUGUUCAACCUUUAAAGCACUUACUGUACCCGUCACCUUUGUGAAGUUUUAUAACCCAGUUUUAUCUUAUCUUGGUUACACAGUUCAGUGGUUCCCAAACUGAGGGUCCCCAGAAGAGGCCGCAAGAUCGCUAACAAGACAGGAAAGCCAAAAAAAAAAUAAACCCACAACACAUUUCUGUCCCAGAAAUCUUCGUUUGUUCAGUCGUUGCUCUAGUGAUCGCUUUAGUCAUGCUAGCAGCGUGGUUCAAUGGAGGGCCGUGUCAGCUGAUCCACCGCCGCUCUGGUUCUUGGUUGUGUCACUGUUAGCAUGCUAACACGCAUAACUACGAUGGUGAACACUGUAAACAUUGUACCCGCUAAAACAUCACCAUGUUAGUCAGAGCCAAUCAGAAGAAUCAUAAUGCAGGAACCCUCACAGAGCUGCUAGCAUAACUGUUGACUCUUUGUUGUUAGCCUUCCGAGCAACAUGGCUUUGGAAUAAUGAUUAAAAAGGACACUCCCAUCAGCCUUAGCUGUACUUUGUGCUGAGUGCUAAUGAGAUGAAAUGUUAGCAUGCUAACAUACAAAACUAAGAUUGUUAACAAGGUGAGGAUUAAUCCUGUUAAACACAAGCGUGUUAGCAUUUAGCUCAGAGCACUGCUGUGCCUGCGUACAGCCUUACAGACGCAGAUCAGGGCUGUACUCUGAACCUUGUUUCUUGUGCAUUAACCGAUAGUUUUACUUCUUGAGGAAUCACGUAAAAGAUUUAAAUAAGACAGGAAACUGAACCGGUCACAACUGGGGUCGCUUCAUUUUAAGGGGUCACGAGCCAAAACGUUUGGGAACCGCUGACCAGGCUGAACUUUGCAGUGUGAUUAUCUGAACAUUUCAAUCAAGCACCCUUUUUUUAAACCAAACAAACAAAAAAAAGAACUUUUGACCGUUAGCUUUUACUUUCACUGGCACUAUUUAGUCGACAGAUAAUGUGCAAUUUUAACUAAUCUGCAAAAAAUAUAUCUGUUGUUUGGGCACGUGAAAACAUGAGAGCAUGCAUUGUUCUAGAGAUUAUGAUGUUGUGUACUGGAUUUUGUCCGACCUCUGUGUUAGUGCACAGUGUAUGUGAUGCAUGGUGGGGGGAGCAGAGGGAAGGCAUGGCUCUGUGGUAUGUAGGUGUAGAGUUCUGGUGUGGAACAACUGGUCUACGACUAGACAUGUUCUCUACUCACAUGUUCUGUUUCUCUGCUGUUUUUGUAUUUUCGUCAUGUCAGUUUAACUUAACAGUAGAUAAAGAUUAGCUAGCUUUGAACGCAAAUUAAUCAACCAAUCAGACUGCAGACCCCCCCUCCCCCAACCUUGGUUUCUAUAGCAUUUACGCAACCCGCAGGUCAACACACAAAAGACAGAUUUUUGAAUUCACGAUCAUUUUGCCAGUUAAUCUGUAAACACCUGCAUGCGUUUGUGAACAUGCACACUUGUACACUCAUUUAGACGUGUUGGAAAAUGUCACCUAUUAACAGUUACUUUGUGUUCAUUUAUCAACAGUAUUGAUGUCAAAUGUGAAUAUUGUUAAUGGAGACUGUGGAGAAAUGUUUGGAAGCUGACAAAAACAUUUUUGUCUGAUUGUUUGUUUCACUUUUAUUUAUUUUAUAUUUUUUGAAUUUUGUCUACCGAUGUUGUUUCAUGUAACACUUUUAACAAAACCCGUCUGGUUUUUAAUCAUAAACUGUGUCUGUGUUUUAAACUGUGGCUCACCGACUGUUUGUUGCUUCUGUUUACUGUGGGUUUAGAAUGAAAUGUGGCCACAGACUCCUUUGAAACGUGUUCUACCAGCCACCAUUAUUUUACUACUUAUUUGCAUUGCCUCUACACUGAAGUAAAGUAUUUAAGUACUAUCAGGAAAUGUACCUAAAGUGUUCAAAACAAAAGCAGUGAGUGCAGUAAAAUGUCCCCUCCAUCCAUUC